AUGGCUAUAUCUAACGUUUCCGACCUCUAUAUACCAGCCACACUCACAAUUACAGCUGUUCUAAUCUAUAAAUACAUAUUAUAUCCCACCAUCUUCUCGCCUCUCUCUAAAAUCCCUACCCCUCACUGGUCGUGCUCCGUCUCGCCGGCCUGGAUCCUAUGGAUUCGGUUCAACAGCCGUGAGAACCGGACUCUACACGCCGUCCACCGGAAAUAUGGCCCCGUCGUGCGCAUUGGUCCUAACGAGCUGAGCGUCAACAGCGUUGAUGCCGUUAAGACCAUCUAUCAGGGUGGCUUCGAUAAGCACGAGUGGUACUCGCUCUUUGACAACUACGGCGUACCAUGCAUGUUCUCCUCCGCACACGCAAAACACCACUCCCUGCGCAAGAGAAUGGUGUCCCACGUGUACUCCAAGUCGUACAUCAACGCCUCACCGGCCCUCGCCGCGCAGGCCGACAUCAUCAUCAGCUCCCGAUUACUACCGCUUAUCCAGGAAUCAGUCUCGGCUUCUCAGCAACCGCAUGGCAUCGACGUGCACUCAUUAUUCUGCGCUGCUGCCAUGGACUUCAUCUCGGCGUACUGCUUCGGCGCGCGGCGAAGCGCUGACUUUAUCCGCCGCAAAUCCUAUCGUGACCACUGGCUCUCGCUAUACACCACCCGCAAGGGCUACGGUUUCUUCGCCCAGGAGCUUCCGCGGCUUUCGAGGGUUCUGGGCGCCGUGGGUCUUGAUCCUACGCCCGCUUGGGUUCAUGCUGCUAAUAGGGAGCUUGAGGCGUGGUGUAAGGAGUUAAGUGAUGCUACAGUACGCUUCUUGGAGAAUGAAGGAUUGGGCGAGGAGUCUGUCGUUAACACGGCUGAUGAUCCGGUGGUUGUGCGCACUCUGCUUGCUGGUAUCGAGAAGGAGUAUGAGACGAGCGGCGAGGCGUCGCCGCUAUACACGACUGCCAUCCAACAGCGCGACCUCUCAAUCGCCUCCGAGAUCCUAGACCACGUCCUAGCCGGACAAGAAACCACCGGCGUCGCACUAACAUACCUCUCCUACCAACUAUCCAAAUCCCCCAACCUCCAGCACGACCUACGCUCCGAACUCCUGACCCUAAACCCCAGCCCCCAAAUCGGCCACGACGGCAAGGCACCGCUCCCAGACUCGAAGCACCUCGACAGCCUACCCCUUCUGCACGCCGUAGUCAUGGAAACAGUCCGCCGCUACUCGCCCGCCGGCGGUCCGGAGCCGCGCGUCACGCCCCCGCCGUCCUGCCGCAUCGGACCAUACGAGGUCCCCGGCGGUACUCGCGUCUCCGCUUCGGCGUAUAACAUGCACCGCGACGAAUCUGCGUUCCCCGAUCCAGAGACGUGGGACCACACACGGUGGCUUCGUCGAUCAAUAGAUUUUGGAGAAGACGACGACGACGGGAAAAUGGAUAUAAACCGGCAUUUCUGGGGCUUCUCGAGCGGCGGGAGGAUGUGUCUAGGAUCGAACUUCGCCAUGCACGACAUAAAACUCCUGAUCGCAGCCAUAUAUACCAACUACACCAGCCAUGUCGUAGACGACAACGGUAUAGAACCGACUGACGCGUAUACGGGGCACCCGAAGAGUAAUUCUCUGUAUCUGCGCUACGAGCGAGUUAUGACGGAGUAG